ACAAAUCUCACUCGUGCUGUGGUGGAGUAGGGUUUUUGCGUUUCAGAAAGAGGGAAGAAGGAAGAAACACCAUGAGUAGAAGCUUGGGAAUACCAGUGAAGCUUCUCCACGAGGCUUCGGGGCAUGUAGUGACGGUGGAGCUCAAGAGUGGGGAACUCUACAGAGGGAGCAUGAUCGAGUGCGAAGACAACUGGAACUGUCAACUAGAGAGCAUCACCUACACUGCCAAGGAUGGCAAAACAUCGCAACUUGAGCAUGUGUUUAUUCGAGGCAGCAAAGUCAGGUUUAUGGUUAUACCGGACAUGCUAAAGAAUGCUCCUAUGUUUAAGCGAUUGGAUGCAAGAAUCAAGGGCAAAGGUGCUUCCCUUGGCGUUGGUAGGGGCAGAGCAGUUGCAAUGCGAGCAAAGGCUCAAGCUGCUGGCCGUGGAGCAGCACCUGGAAGGGGUGUACCACCAGUGCGGCGGUGAUCACAACUCAUAUAUAGUCUGUAUUUCCUCAUCUGUUGGACGUGAUAUUUAGGCUUGUUGUAGAAAUUUAUGAGAAAGAAAUUCAAACAGAAAUUGCUUAUUAAGACUUCGUAGAUUACUCUCUUUAUGGAUAGUACUAAAUCCCAAAUUAUUUCACAUCGCCUCUAACAUUUGGAUCUGGUAUUGUGUACUUGUUGGUAGAAUUUGUAUAAGGGGUGCUUUGGCAACUUUUAAAACUAGUUUUAAAUGGUACAAAGUAGAACAGUAAGUGUUUUUGAGUUAACGUUUAAAUGAUCAUAGAUUUACUUCUUAGU